CAGCCCCAGGUCCCACCGCCGGGCUCCGUGCCCACAGUAUGACCUGCUGAGGGCCUUGGCUGUGGCCCAGAGCCGUCUCGUGUUCGCCUCCCUCCUUCCUCCAGACACCUCCCCUCGCCGGAGCACGACGCCCCGGCCGCUGGACGCGUGCCGGAUGCAGCACGGCCCACGGAACCGAUGGACCAUGCUCUACAAGACACAUCAGUCGUAUUGUCACCGGCUGCAGCAUGACACCUAUUUUCUUACAAGCAACAGCCGACUGAAUGAGCAAGUGGUUGAUAAGAUUAUUCUUCAGCUUAACAGAGUCUACCCCCAGAUUCUUACCAAUGCAGAAGCAGAGAAGUUCAGGAAUCCAAGGGCGUCACUCCAUACCAGGCUUUCAGAUCUGAUAAAGCACCUUCAAAAGAAAGGAGAUAGACACUGUCAAGAGUUUUACAGGGCUCUACAGAUCAAUGCUGAACAGCUGUAUAAUGACCUGCCAAGCAGGAAAAUCUUGAAAACCACAGAUCCCACAGAGAUAGACACUGGCAAGGAGCAAUAUAUGCUAAAUGACAGGGGCCCGGUGUUCUUCCUGGCUGGCUUCAGCGUGGCGGCGGGGUUCGCUUUGUUCUGGUAUUACUGUCACUCAGAUACAAAAGUCAUAGGAAGAGCCAGGAGAAUCCUGGGCUUUUCUCCUAUUAUCAUAGGAAGACACGUUAGAAACAUUUGUAUGCUGUAUUUGGAAGACAUAUCAAGAAACUGAGGAGGAGCUGCCUCUUCACUUGUCUGUAGAGUGCACCUGCCAAGGGACGACAACGGUGCGUGGCUCUUAACGUGCGAUAUCUCCUACCAAAGAUUUCCUUAACGAGCUUCUUCACUAAUUGUGCUGCCUUAAGAUGUAUUCAGAGUUUCAGCUUUAUAUGUCCUUCCUUAUGGGAAUGGACCAUUUAUUUUUGUAAAUGCUUAUUUUAAAGUAUUUAUCAUUUGGUAAAACCCAUCUUUUUAAUACAAACUUGAAACCAAUGUCCAAAGCGGCCGUGAGUCUGAAGCCGUGUGUGUGUGUGUAUGUGUUUCAUCCUGGAGUGAAGGGGCACAGCUGUUUAAAGAAUGCUACUCUGUCUUUUGUGGUAAAUGAUUCAAGAAAAGCACUUAAACCCCUCCAUGUACCCAAAGCCUUACAAAGGGAGUGAUCCCUGUCUCAGGAUUGUCUGUCUUGUCGAGACCCUUUGUACUCGCUGCCACAGCUCUGGGAUGAAGUGCUUUAAACUGCCAAGAAGGUUUUUCAGGUUUCUUGAGCUUUUCCUUUUCUGGUGAAGUGUUUUGUAGUCUGUGUAUCUAAGAAGCUGAAGCGACCCAAGAUACUUCACAAGGACUUGAGUGCCGUGACAUGGGGCUUUACUUAUGGACAGGAGGACAUACAUUUCCUUGAAGAUCCUGAGGUUUUUCAUGAUGUGAUGUUUUUCUUCUGCAAGACCUGAAAGCUCACAGAAGCCCUUGUAAGACAAAAAUUCUUGAGGGAGGUGCAGGGAGUCAGGGCUGUGGCUCCUGCUCCCACCUUGCACAGCACAGGGGACUCUCCUUCCCCCGGGACGUAACCGUUUCUGGGGAUGGUUCCUCAGUUCCUUGCUCAAGAGCAUGAGGAGCCUGGGGAGACCGUGGCCCUCUGUGUGCUGAGCAACACACUUCGGAGCUCUUCACUGGCUGGAUGAAGAGAUUUCCAGGUCUGACCAAAUGUCACCUGUGAUAUGUUUGGCUGUUUGGAGUAGUUAUAGCUAUCAGACAGAAAAUGGUCUUCCGGCUUUAAACUGGUUUUGUGCUAUCAAAAUGUCAUUGUCUUCUCAUUAGGGAAGGUCAUCAUGUACUAACUGUACUUCCUCCCAGGACAACAUGCACCUAGUAGAGCAGCAAGCCAAGGCCAGGUAUUUGUGGGAAAUGUCUUGAGAGAAAAAGGCUCAGAGGACCUGAUAUUACUCUUCUGCUAAAGUGUUUUUACCUUAGGGCAUUAGCAUGUGGUUGGGACACAAGCCAGCCCCACGUAGAGGCUGCCAGUCUUCGCCAGAGUAGAUCUCAAGAACAGGCAUCUUGUGUUUGUGGCCAUGGCAGGUGCAAGUGUAGCUCCUCUCAACCCCUGCCUUGAGGUCAGGGGGCUGCAGGGUUAUGCCAUGGGGUUUGGUGCUGCUCUGCUUUGGGAGGCCAGGAGCUCCCAGAGAGCCCUCUCUGAGCUCCCUCUCACAGCCCUCUGAGCUCCCAGAGCCCUCUUGCAACUCUCUGAGCUCCCUCUCACAGCUCUCUGAGCUCCUGGAGCCUGUCACAGCUCUCUGAGCUCCCAGAGCCCUCUCACAACUCUGAGCUUCCUCUCACAGCUCUCUGAGCUCCCAGAGAGCCCUUAUUUAUAACCAGCCCUUAUUUAUAAUGUUUGGAAUGAAACGCUCCUUUCCCCACUGCUGCUUACCUCCUAUAGCAGCCCCUUCUUAAGGGAUUGGGAAAAACAUCUCUGAAAGCUAAAAGGGUUUUAAAUCUUGGCCCUGAAGCCAACUUUGAAGCCUCUUUUGAGGAAUGAUAUUCCAUCUUACCCCAAAACCCCUUACUCAGAGUGACUAUACCGGUUGCCUCUCCACAUGGAGCAGAGUGGAGGCCCCAGUGCUGCCACACACUACCUUCCACUCCCUUGAUCCCUGUGGUGCCUUCUGAGGGGCAGCUGCAGAUGGGUGUGGGCUGUUGCUGAAACCUCAGGUGCCUUAUUGAUCCCCAGGGUGGGAUUCCAAGGGCUGGGAGCUCCCCCCAGGUGGGACUGCCCUGGGAGCAGGCGCUGUGCAGUGCCACACAGCCCCCCCACCCCUGAAACCGAGGGGCUCUCUUGAGCCUUGGAAACCAUCUGAAAUGAGGAAGUUUGCUAAGGGCUGUGACUGCUAUUUCUUCCCUUUCUGAGGUUGCUUGAGAUGAGAGGAUGCCUCUCCAGGGAAGAAUAAAUAAUGCAGGGUGAGCUCUCCUUGGGGUUAGGGCUGGGAGGAGAGAGGAAAAGCAAGUCUUGGUUCAUCCCAGGGGUGUCAGUUAAAGGAUGUGACAGCAAAGAACAGAAAAUGAUGUGUUCCAUUAUUGGCCCCAGCCAUUCAUUUAAAAAGUAAAAGCGAGGUUGAUCAGUGGGGCCUGGCUGCACCUGGCUGGCUGCAGUGUGCCAGGGUGUCUGUGCAGCCAAGCACAGUGUGGCCUUUGCUGCAGAGCCUGGAUGGGUUCUCAGGAAUGCACUUUGCUUUCUGUGCAGGGCAAUUGUCCUGUCCCUGUCAGUUCUGUAGGUGGUGAUGUGUGGGGAUGGCAAUGUUCCUGUGAGUCUAUGCAGGAGCUGAUAAAGCAGCCAUGUUUCAACAUCCCUGUUACCUCCUACAGCCCUCCUUGAAGAUGUGAAACAUUUGCUUUUCCCUGCAGCAGUAAGCAGCAAUGUGCUGUUAGUGGUGUUAUGGAUACAAGAGUUGUGGGCUGAGCACCUGGAGGGCUGAGCACCUGGAGGGCUGAGCACCUGGAGGGCUAAGCACCUGGAGGGCUGAGCUCCUGGAGGGCUGAGCUCCUGGAGGGCUGAGCUCCUGGAGGGCUGAUCAUGGCUGUCAGGAGAGGCUGUGGGCUCCAGAGUGGGGAGCAUGUGGCUGUUGCAGUUGCUCCCUUGGCUGUGGGUGCCUUGCACAUGGCUCCCAGCAAGGGCCUGACCCUUUGGCCUGGCUCUCAGGGGCAGAAAGGGAUGUGAAGGCCUCCUGAUACCUCUCCAAAAAUCAUCCCUUUUUCUUAUGAACGAGCUUUUUGAUCUAAAGUAAAGCUGAGCUGCCUCUGGUGGUGCUGACAGUGGUGUCAGGGCUGUCCUGGUUCAAGGACAAGGACCCUGAGCCAUGGCAGUGGCGAAGCAUCAGGGUGGCCUCCAAGGGCAGAGCCCACGGGGGUGCAAAGUUCUGUGUGAGGCCUGGCAGCUCUGAGUAGCUCUGGGUGGCUCUGGGCAGCUCUGAGUAGCUCUAGGCGACUCUAGGCGACUCUGGGCAGCUCUGGGCAGCUCUGGGCAGCUCUGGGCGGCUCUGGGCGGCUCUGGGCAGCUCUGGGUGGCUCUGAGUGGCUCUGGGCGGCUCUGGGCAGCACCGCAGUGACGCACCGGAGCAGACACAACGGUGACUCACUCACAGCCGCCGGACGGGGUUCUCGCAGCUGCAGAGGCAGAUCCUGUCUUUGUUCCUUUCACUUGUGAGGGUUUUUUGUCACACUGCAAUGAGUUGAAAGCGUAUUCGCCGCAGUUUGUGGCUGCUUUUCGCUGCUGCUGUGUGUGUGCCGAGUGUUGCCAGCCGUGCCAAGCCGUGCCGUGCUUCCUGGGCCCAUGGCUGUAACCAUUUCCCCUAACACCCAGCUGCUGGAAUUCUGUAGAGAGGAAUGGAUGGUAUUUUUUUUUAAUGAGGUGAAGCUGGCAAUGAAAUAAAGCUUUGUACUGAGACAAAACCCAA